UUUUUGUGUGUAGCUCUAAGUCUGUGGAAAAUGGGGGGCAACCAGACUUCUGUCACAGAGUUCCUCCUCAUGGGAUUCCCCCUCAGCCCAAGGAUGCGGAUGCUCCUGUUUUGGCUCUUCACUGUGUUCUAUGCCUUUACUCUGCUGGGCAACAUGGUCAUCCUGGGGCUCAUCACACUGGACUCCCGACUGCACACCCCCAUGUACUUCUUCCUCUCCCACCUGGCCACUGUGGACAUAGCCUAUGCCUGCAACACGGUGCCCCAGAUGCUGGUCAACCUCCAGAGGCCAGCCCAGCCCAUCUCCUUUGCUGGCUGCCUGACACAGACCUUUCUCUUCUGGAUUUUUGCUCACACUGAAUGUUUUCUCCUGGUGGUGAUGUCCUAUGACAGGUAUGUGGCCAUCUGCCUGCCCCUUCAGUAUUCUACCAUUAUGAGCUGGAGAGUCUGCGUCACCCUGGUGGUUACUUGCUGGACAGUAGGAAUCCUCCUGGCUGUAGUACAAAUGGUGUUGCUAUUACUGUUGCCCUUCUGUGGGCCCCAGAAAGUGAACCACUUUUUCUGUGAAAUUCUAGCCAUUCUUAAACUGGCCUGUGCAGAUACACAAGUUAACAAGGUUGUGGUUGUGGUUGUGGGAAUUUUGGUGCUAGUGGGACCAUUAUCUGCAAUUGUGGUCUCCUACGGUCACAUUCUACAUGCUGUUCUGAAGAUCCAGUCAGCAGAGGGACGCCAGAAAGCUUUCUCCACCUGUUCUUCCCACCUGUGCGUGGUGGGACUCUUUUAUGGCACAGCCAUGAUCAUGUAUGUUGGACCCCAACGUGGGGACCCCCAGGAGCGGAACAAAUACCUCCUCCUGUUUCACAGCCUUUUCAAUCCCAUGCUGAAUCCCCUGAUCUACAGUCUGAGGAACAGAGAAGUCAGUGCUGCUCUGAGAAGGAGUUAUGGAGAGGAAACUCACAGUGAUGUUAAGGAAAAGGUUUUUCUACUAUGUGCUUGUCUGAAUUUUCAAAUCCAACUAUGA